GUUUUUCCUCUCGCUCCGCUCGCAGCUCAGCUCCACCCGAACCGAUAAAAACGGCGGCAGUUGAAGCGACUGAGUCACUCGGUAACGGAGGGGGAGAAGCCGUGCUGCAGGGUCUGGAGGAAUGGAGGAGAGGAGCGACGUUUCCGGCUCUUCCUCUGGAGCUCAACCGGGACGUUAGUGGAACCUGGAGCCGAGGAGCCACAGCUGCUCCACCGAAAACAGUCGCAGCGGUUCAUUUUAAUCCGUUUAUCUUCCUGAAACGUGGACUGUCAGGAGUCUGUCAUUAAAAAAAGGACACUUCUGCAGACAGGAGCCAUGAGCAGCGAGCUGAACGUCCCGAUGGGUUCCCCAGCCCCGGGGGUCUCAGAGCGGGCUCCAGACGGCGGCGGGAUGGACUACAGGGACUGGGUGCGACGCAGCUACCUGGAGCUGGUGAGCUCCAACCACCACUCGGUUCAGGCCCUGUCCUGGAGGAAGCUCUAUCUGAGCCGGGCCAAGCUGAAGGCCUCCAGCAGGACGUCUGCGCUGCUGUCUGGCUUCGCUAUGGUGGCCAUGGUGGAGGUGCAGCUGGAGGUGCAGUACAGUUACCCCCGGGCUCUCCUCAUCGCCUUCAGCGUCUGCACCACCGUGCUGGUGGCCGUCCACCUCUUCGCCCUGCUGAUCAGCACCUGCAUCCUGCCCAACGUGGAGGCCGUCAGCAACAUCCACAACCUCAACUCGGUCAGCGAGUCGCCCCACGAGCGCAUGCACUACUACAUCGAGCUGGCCUGGGGCUUCUCCACGGCGCUGGGCAUCCUGCUGUUCCUGGCCGAGGUGGUGCUGCUCUGCUGGAUCAAGUUCCUGCCGGUGGACUCCAGCGGCCUCAAGAAGCCUCAGCCGACGGCCACGGCGCAGGACAGCGGCUGGCAGGCGGCGCUGGCCUCCACCAUCAUCAUGGUCCCGGUGGGGGUGAUCUUUGUGGUGUUCACCAUCCACUUCUAUCGCUCUCUGGUGCGCCACAAGACGGAGCGCCACCACCAGGAGAUCGAGGAACUUCACAAGAUCAAGGUGCAGCUGGACGGCCAUGAGAGAGGCCUCCAGACGGUGUGAAACCCCGACGGCAGCUUUAAAGACUUCUCUCCCUGUCACAUAUUUAUCUCCCGCUCUGACGUCUGUUCUGGUCGUUUUAAUGCCUUGAACUCGUAAGCAGUGAACUUAACGCUGUGCAGCGCAGACGCUUCAUACGUGUCAGACUGCCGGUUUACUCUGAAGGUGAAGUUACGGUGUGGGAUUCGUGUGGUGACGUUGUGUUUGAGGUCUGUAGUCUGUGUUGGUCAACGGAAAAAGGUUUACACAAAAAGGGCUAUUAUGUUCCAUGUGCCAUUUCUGCUCUGUUUACGUUUUACGGUUGGGUUCAGUGCCAACAGGGUUCUAGAUCUGUUGCCAAAACUCCCGUAUUCACCUUAAAACUCUCUUUUUGAGUCUCUUAUAGCUGCUCAGUUCUUACCAGCAAACGCCAAUAUAGAAGAUGUUUGAGUGUCGUUUUCAGGUUCUACUUGGAGCUCAUUAAUAUUAAUGCCUUAAGUGGUAGUUUAGGUCCAAUGCUGAUGCCAAUUUUAGGAUUAUUUCCUAUUAACUAAAGAAACUCUUGGUUGACUUCCUGCUGUUCAACCAGUCGACUUGUAGAGGAAAAAAAAAUGUCUAGAUGAACUGAAACGUCCACAGUGCUGUGAGAGUCUUAUUAUCCUGAAUUCAUUCUACAUGACUGUAAAAGACGUUGUAUUUGUAGCAUAUUGCAGGUUGCUCCUGCUCAUAUUUAUAUAAAACUACAUCCCCUGAUGAUCCCAGUACAAGAGCUGGUGAGGAAUAUUAAGCAGAGCAGUUAGCCGAUGUUAAACUGCUGUUUUAAAAAGUUGUCAUCCAACUUUUUGCUCAUCUGUUGUGCCACCACACUGCCCACUUUUUGCUGUGAUGUCAGUUAGUUUAGGGGUGAAACUGAAUAAGCAUCAGUGAAUGUUAAAUACGUUAGCAGACGUUUGCAGCUGGUUUAGUUCUUCUUCCACCAGAAGUAAUGGAUUUAUCCUGGAAGGCUGUUUGAAGUGACGCUGCUGAUGAGACUUUGGUCAGAUGAGAGUAUAACAACCAACCAAUCGACAUGGAAACAACAACUUUCUGCCUCGUAUCUGCACAGAUCAGCCACAACAUUAGAACCACUAGUAAAGUUCAGUCAACUAGAUUCUGGAAUAGACUGAGAUGCAGAGAUGGAAGAUGAUUUAACCUACAGUUUCUGAUUUAGUAAAACUGUUAUUUGUGAAAAUGCAAAAAAACACAAAUAUUUGAGAUUUCACUGUCUUUUUUUUCACAUCUGGACCACUUUAGACCCGGUCCUGAUCAAAAACCAGAGCUUAAGUUGGUCAAAUCUGGAAUAGAUUGUUACGCUAAAGCCAAAGGCUCUUUAAAAUGUCUUUUGUGAUGUAGAAAACCAAUAUUUUUUGUGUUGAAAUGUAAAAGAAAUUGUUUUUCGUGUGUUUCUUUGCAUCUGGACCACUUAAGACCAGGUCCAGAUUAAAACCCUUCUGUUUCAAUGGGUUAAAUCUGGAGUAGAUCACAUUUUUGUACCAGACCAGUUUAUCUGGUACAACCCUGAUCCAUAGAGGCCCCAUCCAGGAACCCAGUGGACCCAACGGAUCCCAGUUCCAGACGUAACAGGACACCAUAAAGGUGUAUUUCAUAAACUACCACCACCGUCUGCUCAGCUGUGGCUCUGCUACAUGUGCUGCAGACAGUAAACAGUAGAUCAGAAUAAACUAUUAAACACCGUUUCUAAAUUGCCCCAAUCAUCCGUUUGUGCUUCAUGUCCUGUAAAAAAUCAGUUGAUUUCAAUGGAUCGGGCUCCAACAGUUGGAUUAUUCUGCUUUUUGUUAGCUGGUUUUCUGUCAUCAGCCAAAGAUUGUUCGUUAAAACGGAACCAAUUUAACAACAUUUGAUCCGGAGUGUUCUGUGUGUGACGUCAGAAACUUGUGCCAUAAAAAUAGCCAGUUUAUUAGUUGAAAACCAGUAUUUAGAGGAAGUUUCUGAGGAAAUAUCAGAUGUCUAAAAGAAAGUUUUACACCUAAAUCUGCCAUUUUUCGUAGCUACACUUUGUUUCUAGCCUUCUCAGCCGGCAGAUACUCGUGUUUACUGAUUUAGUCACUCGCAAAUGUCUAUAAGAGAUUCAAAAAGAUGAUUAAUUGAGAUUAAAUGUUACUGAACCCCAUCUCUCCUGCAUUAUGAGGAGUUCAGGCCUCUCUGUUUACACUCAACGUCUUAUUUUGCCUCCAUCUGCUCUACAGCUGGUGGAUGUUUCACUGUGUUGCGACUAUUUGAGGACGUUUGUUGUGUUUGGAGCGGCGUGGUGAGCGAUAAGUCUUAAAAAACUAGCGUGGAAGUUGGUUUCACUGUAUUUUUACAUCCAAAAUCUCACUACGAAGCCUCAAAGAUUCCCGUCAUGGACUUCCUUUAAAAGCUUUGAGUGGUUGGAGACGUGUUUGAUGUUCUCUGCUGCUGGAUUCUGAAUGUGUUUCUGUCCCAUUAGAGUUCUGCCUUACAGGAUUACUGCCUUUUAUCACCUUCUGUUUCCCGCUAAAGGUCACAACACGAGCACAUGUUUCUUCAGUAACUUAAAGGAGGACAGAAAACGACCUGUGAUCACAUUCCAAAUAAGACGACCGACCAAAGUGCUGCUCGGUUAUUUGGGUUCAGGACUAAAGUGCACUUGUAGUUUUAGUUGGAAUCAGGAGGAUGUUGUUGCUUUACGUUCAGUGUUUGUGGAUUUGUGCUUCUUGAAUUAAUACCGCUGAGGAUAAAAGUCACACUCUGCCACAGACUUCCAAAAUAAAAGUUCUCUUUGUCUUUUUGCA